AUGGGCUUCAAGAUCUCGAACUUCAUCGGUGAUCCCUUUGCUAUUGCCACCGUCAGCUUUGGUGUCAUAGCAUGGAUCGUGGCCAUAGCAGGCGCCGCUGCUUCCACGCAAAGCUCGUUCCCCAGAUUUACCUGGUGGGGGCUCGUAUAUCAGAUCGUGUUGGUGAUAAUGAUCUUCGUGCUUUAUGUUUACAACACCAUCGAGUUAUAUAAGUUCACCCUCGUGGGAUUUUUAUCUGUGGCGUUCUUGUACACCACCAACUCGACCAACAACUUGAUCUACAACUCCAACUCGUCCGGUAACUUGUGUUGUGCGGCCGGAUGCAUCUUGUUGUCAAUGCUCAACAUCUUGUGGAUCUUGUACUUUGGAGGCCACCCCGAAUCGCCAACCAACCAGUUCAUCGACUCCUUCUCCGUGAGAAACAACGGCUUCCACGGCUCGCUUCCCGCUGGCGAGUACAAGGAGGAGGAGUUCGCUGUUCCUCGCAGCGCAUCAAACAACUACCAAAACAACGACGACAGGCACUCGCAGAACACCAACACGAAAUCAGCAUACAUGCUGUCGCUGCAGUUGAACGGUCUUGAAAACUUUUCCAACCUGAACGUUCACGGCACGAAUGCACCCGCGUCAGUGAGAAACUCCACGAGGAACACUGUCUACAACCAGCUGGACGCCAAUGCCUUCGGCAUGCCUGCUGGGGUAUUCCGCUACAAGGCGCAAGCAUUAUACAGCUACGACGCCAAUCCUGAGGACAUCAAUGAGAUCUCGUUCGUGAAGGACGAAAUCUUGGAGGUUGAUGACAUUGACGGCAAGUGGUGGCAGGCCAGAAGGUCGAACGGCCAGGUGGGUAUCUGUCCUUCGAACUACGUCAAGCUCCUAGACUAA